AGGACAAUAGCUUUGAUUAUUAUUAUCUCCCACUCGGCCUGUAGUGGCAUGUUGCAAACAUUCUAAGCCCUCGCAAAUCUGUGCCCGAAUCUGUCGCGAGUAGACCGGAGCAUGCCUAGCCAGUAAGUGACACUGUCUUGUUGCUAUCAAAGUCAAUUGGGCUGUGAUGAACGUAGCCUAGUGAAGGUUCUAGUCCUAACCGUCCACCGUCAGUUGUCUCAUGAAGCUUGUUGGACACGCAGGGCCGCGCCAGGGCUCUCUACUCAACCCGUCUCUUUCUUGUUUGUCUGUGGUCAACUGUCUCAACGACUUGGUCUCAGAAGCAAACUCAGGAUACUGUUGUGCUUGUGACCCUGUUCAUGUCGGUUGUUGGAUUAGACAAUAGAAGCAUGCAGGGAUACGGAGGCUUCGGCAUGCAGCUGCAACACCCGCCACCGAUGUUUGGUCUACCAACCCAUGCGCAGGCAGGACUUCCGCAGCCACUUUAUAUCGGAGGACAGUUUCCGGGUAUGCAUCCCAACCUUCACUCGUCAGUGCAGACAUUAAGUUUAGCAGAGAGGUUGGCGGAUAUCAUUCUUGAAGCCAGGUAUGGUGCCCAUAGAAAACAACGAAGAAGCCGAACUGCCUUCACAAACCAACAGCUGGCAGCAUUAGAGAAGACAUUUGCCAAAACCCACUACCCAGAUGUUGUCAUGCGAGAACGCUUAGCAAUGAUGACCAAUUUACCUGAAGCUAGAAUACAAGUUUGGUUCAAAAACAGACGCGCCAAAUAUAGGAAAAAACAACGGGCUAUAAAAGGCAAAGGGAAGGAGUCGUCACAAGGAAGCACAAGCUCGGCAUCAGCGUCGGAGUCGAAAGAGGAACCUACUGAAGAUGUUGGCAGAGAUGAGGGGUCAGACAAAGAGGUGAAAUCGGCCAACGAGGAGGACGAGGAUUCGGAUGGAAAUGACGUGAUGGAGGAAGGGUCUGUGUCAGUAGAUGUGGAAUCCAUGGAAGGGAAUGGAGAGUGUGAAUCUGUGACAGACAAUGAUACCACUGUUGACAGCAUACAUAGCGAGGAACCGAAGCCAAAUGAGAAAAAGCAUGCCCACAGCGAGGAAACUGUCACAGACUACCGUGUGCUUGUGGACAAGAAAGUAGACGAGACAGAGAAAUCCACCACGCCGCUCUCUCAGGAGCCCACGAGAUGUAAUGAAAUUGACGUGAUUUCCUUCCAUGGACAGCAAAAAGGUACGGAGAGCAGUUACCAUCGAGCCCCCAUGCCAUACCAGUACCCCAUUCCUCAGCUCGGCCUGUUCAACUUCCAACAACACGCUUUCGCAAGCGCCAUGUUCCAGAAACAACUACAGAUGCAACAAUCGGGUGUUCCACAAGUCCCCCUCUUCCCAUUCGGCUCAGGGGGAAUCAACCCCCUCAACGGAUGGCCUUCGUACUACCCUACUUCCGGUUUACCCGAUAUUCCUGCACCACCAACAUCCAGACCGGAGCCACCAAGACUGCCUCCUCCGGCGCAUGCGCCACCACUACUUAACAGUUCUCCCAAUCAAACGAAAGACGCUCUUCUGACAUCAAGUAUAGAAAGUCUGCGGUUCCGGGCAAGGCAACAUGCUGCUUCCCUUGGAUUUUAUGACAACGUGUAACAUAAUGACUAUUUGUUCAGUGACAUUUGAAAACCUUAAUACCAAAGUUGUCAUGAUACAAUGCGAAAUAAAUCAUCUUAGAUGCUGUUCCGUAGUAAGAACAUCUAAUGCGCGGUGAAUGCCUAAAGUAUCCCCACCAAAAUCUUCCACUAUUUGCCAGAUGCACGGCGAAUGCCUAAAACUGCUCCCAACAAGGAUCUUCCACUAUUUGCCUGAUGCACGGCGAAUGCCUGAAACUGCUCCCAACCAAGAUCUUCCACUAUUUGCCUGAUGCACGGCGAAUGCCUGAAACUGCUCCCAACCAAGAUCUUCCACUAUUUGCCUGAUGGACGGUGAAUGCCUGAAACUGCUGCUCCCGCCAAGAUCUUCCACUGGUUCCAACCAUGCAUGAUGAUUGCCAUGACUCCCUUCCCAUCAACAUCUUCCAUUGUUUGCCUGGUGCACGGUGAAUGCCCCAAACUGCUCCCCUGAGGUUCUUCCACUGAUUGCCCCAAGUACGGGAUUGCCAUAAGCUCUUCUUCCACGUUUUGUACGUAGCGCACAGUGACAACAACAAAGUAGUGUCAUCCAUGAACAAGUCUAUCGUCACCAUUUCCUAUUACUGUGGUUCCAAUGCAAACUGACAAAACAGACGUUGUUGUCUGCUGUUCCCGGUACCGAAAUACAUUGAAAACAACAAAAGAGCGCCCCAUCACGAUUCACCAUGUCUUCAUCUGCAGAACGAUUACAACCUUAGACUUGUUUAUUCAAGUACAAUUUUCUGUCCAGUUUGCUCCUUUCCUUCCCAUGGUCGAGUUCACGGAACUUUAUGACUCUUGCAAGUAUGUGAUAUGUAUAGGAGUCAUGUUCUUUGUGAAAAUGAUCCUUGGUUCGCUUUGAGACCUUGCACGUUAUCUGCGAAAUCUUAAGAUUCUAAGACAUUUUUAUUUCCAUUUGUUAUCUUCAAGUAGAACAAAUAUUUAAGUUGCAAAUGUAUUUUGUCAAAGGUUAUGAGCUUGUCAACACGAAAGGGUCGAGUUUACUGCCUCGGCCGCAAAUGCUAAAGUGAGAAAUAAAACAUACACCAUUGUUUGAUGGUUCCUAAGAAUGAAACAACCAAGAAAUGGUUAUUCGUUGGUGAUGUAUUUGAUACGGGUAUAAUAGUUGUGUUUUGGGCCUUAAGUUUGCAGUGUUUGGGCGACUGUGUUCAGGUUAGUGACGUUUUGAUAACGUGUGUAUUGUUUUGGUCAAAUCCAAUUUUAGUGUUAAACUAUCGGACAGUUUUCUUUCAUAACACAACGACUAUGAGAAAACUCGACAUCUCGUGUUUCCAGGUUUAUAACUGUGAACAAAAUAAGCAUACGAGCAUCACUGAAGAAGCAUUCAUAGAUAUGUAUAAGCCAUUAGUCGGACAGUGAAUGCGGUGCAGUACGCAGAUACUAUUUCGCAGUUAACUCUUACAUGACAACACCAUUAGUAGUUCGAAGAUCGAUUUCUGGCUUCCACAUAGAUCAUGCCAUGUUGAUAAACUCUACGACUCAGCCAAAUCGGUGCCAUUGUUAUAAAGGAAUCAUCAGGCAUCAGCCUUAUGUGUGUUUCCAUGGCGACAGCAGGUGACUUUAAUGUCACUUGAGCAGUAUUCAUAAUGAACAUAAACCUACGUUUAUGCAUUAAAAUAAAUACCCAUCCCUCAGGGUAAAAAUUUGUGACAUAUAUUAAAUAAUACAUUGUAGUCGUACCUUGUUCAGGAAAUAUAUGCACAUAAUUAUUGUGAUAUACAUGUACUGUGAAAUAAAUGCUAACCGU